GCAGGCGGGCGGGCAGAGCGCGCGCGAGCGGCCCCAGCCAGCAGCAGCCCUGCGCGGAAAUCGGCCAUCUUGCUUAGUGCACGCUUACAUCUCGUAACGGACGGACGGUACACGGACUCGCCUCCGGACAGCCACCCUCUCCGGGCGGUCGUCGUGCGUGUGUGCGGGCGGUGGCACAGAGCGGAGCUGCCCCAAGGUGGUGCGCCACGAACACACAGCGGAAUCGCAGCUGUGUGCGAAAAUAGAGAAGAGGGAGGUUCUAGAGCGAGAGAAAGAGAGAGAGAGAAAGAGUGCGUGCGUGCGUGUGUACAUAUACGUGUUAAUACGAGCGGCGUAAACGCGGAUUACGCGACUCCGGCGGCAGGAUGGCGGGCAACGCGGGUAUGGAACAGUUGAUCCCGAUCGUGAACAAGCUGCAGGAUGCGUUCACCCAGCUCGGCGUGCAUAUGCAGCUCGAUCUGCCGCAGAUCGCAGUGGUGGGCGGUCAGAGCGCGGGCAAGAGCUCCGUGCUCGAGAACUUCGUCGGCAAAGAUUUCUUGCCAAGAGGUUCGGGCAUUGUGACAAGGAGACCUCUCAUCUUACAGUUGAUUUUCAGUUCAACUGAAUUUGCCGAGUUCUUGCAUUGCAAGGGUAAGAAAUUUGUGGAUUUUGAGGAGGUGCGGAAAGAAAUUGAAGCAGAAACAGACAGGGUGACCGGAAGUAACAAGGGCAUUUCUAAUAUACCAAUUAAUCUCAGAGUAUAUUCACCCAAUGUUCUAAAUUUGACAUUAAUUGAUUUGCCUGGACUUACAAAAGUACCAAUCGGGGAUCAGCCAGCGGAUAUAGAAUCCCAAAUAAAAGCCAUGAUCUUUCAGUUUAUCAAACGUGAAAAUUGUCUCAUAUUGGCGGUCACACCGGCCAAUACCGAUUUAGCUAAUAGCGAUGCUCUUAAACUUGCUAAAGAAGUGGAUAUACAAGGUGUACGUACGAUUGGCGUUAUCACUAAACUGGAUCUCAUGGACGAUGGCACCGAUGCAAGAGAUAUUUUGGAAAAUAAGCUAUUGCCAUUGAGAAGGGGCUACAUCGGUGUUGUCAAUAGAAGUCAAAAGGAUAUAGAAGGACGGAAGGAUAUCAAAAAUGCUUUAGCCGCUGAGCGAAAGUUCUUCCUCAGCCAUCCGUCUUAUCGGCAUCUAGCAGACAGGUUGGGUACGCCAUAUUUGCAGAGAACUCUUAAUCAACAGUUAACAAACCAUAUCAGGGAUACCUUGCCAGCUCUAAGAGAUAGAUUACAAAAGCAGCUGUUAACUUUAGAGAAGGAUGUCGAGCAGUACAAACAUUUCAGACCUGAUGAUCCUGCAAUCAAAACGAAGGCUAUGUUACAGAUGAUACAGCAGCUUCAGUCGGAUUUCGAGAGGACUAUAGAAGGCUCAGGUUCAGCACAAAUUAAUACUAUGGAACUCAGUGGUGGUGCGAAAAUUAACAGACUUUUCCACGAGCGUUUCCCGUUCGAAAUCGUUAAAAUGGAGUUUGAUGAAAAAGAAUUGAGGAAAGAAAUUGCUUUCGCCAUCAGAAAUAUACAUGGUAUCAGAGUGGGAUUGUUUACUCCGGACAUGGCUUUUGAGGCAAUAGUCAAAAAACAAAUAAACAGACUUAAAGAACCAAGUCUCAAGUGUGUAGAUUUAGUCGUGCAAGAACUUAGUAAUGUUGUACGCAUUUGUACAGAUAGGAUGUCGCGUUAUCCCAGACUAAGAGAGGAAACGGAGCGUAUCAUAACGACACACAUCAGACAGCGCGAGCAAAUGUGUAAAGAGCAGCUGAUCUUGCUGGUGGAUUGCGAGCUCGCAUACAUGAAUACAAAUCAUGAAGAUUUCAUCGGUUUUGCGAACGCUGCAGCCAGUAGCCAUAAUGCAAGUGCACAGCAAUCCUCGGAGAAUUCCGUUAAGUCUGGACGGCAUACGUUAGGCAAUCAAGUGAUUCGUAAAGGUUACAUGUGCAUACAUAAUCUCGGUAUUAUGAAGGGCGGUUCGAGAGAUUACUGGUUUGUUUUAACAUCAGAGAGUAUCUCCUGGUUCAAGGAUGAAGAAGAACGUGAAAAGAAGUACAUGUUGCCUUUGGACGGACUGAAAUUACGUGAUCUAGAACAAGGUUUCAUGUCGCGUCGUCAUCUAUUUGCGUUAUUCAAUCCAGAAGGAAGAAACGUUUAUAAGGAUUAUAAACAACUGGAGUUGAGUUGUGAAACGCAAGACGAUGUUGACUCUUGGAAGGCAUCAUUCCUGAGGGCUGGUGUAUAUCCCGAGAAAUCAACAGAGCAAGCGAAUGGCGAAGAGGAUAAGCAGAGGGGUGGAUCAGAGGGUCAGUCAUCGAUGGAUCCUCAGUUGGAGCGUCAGGUGGAAACUAUCAGGAACUUGGUAGAUUCUUACAUGAAGAUUGUCACGAAAACUACUCGCGAUCUGGUUCCAAAGACAAUUAUGAUGCUUAUCAUCAACAACGCUAAGGACUUCAUUAAUGGGGAACUGUUGGCACAUCUUUACGCAAGUGGCGAUCAGGCUUCAAUGAUGGAAGAAUCUCCCGAAGAGGCGCAGAAACGAGAGGAAAUGUUACGCAUGUAUCACGCAUGCAAAGAGGCUCUUCGUAUCAUUGGAGACGUCUCCAUGGCCACGGUUUCAACCCCAGUGCCACCACCCGUGAAGAACGACUGGCUGGCAUCCGGCGAAAAUCCAAGUCUUGGAUUAUCACCACCAUCUCCUGGUGGUCCAAGACGCGGAGUGAUGACACAGCCACCACCUAUUUCUAGCUCAAGAGCACCACCACCAGUACCUGCAACCGGCCGGCCGGCGCCAGCCAUUCCUAAUAGACCUGGUCCGGGUGGACCACCACCAACGCGAGCUAACCCUGGCCUACCUCCACCCAUGAUACCAUCUCGAGGGGGUGGUCUACAGCAGAGGAUAACGCAAGCUGCGACACAGGCUGCGACGCAGGCCGCCGUGAACGAGCUGAUGGACGCGUUCAAGAUCAAGCGUCCCGUACCCAAUAUUCCCCCCCGAAUUCCCGACAGACCAUACUCUGGCCGACUAAACUGAGCUAGUCCGACACAGCAGCGACGAUAGUCCGAGACAGCAGCCCGUGCAACGCAAGAUGCACCUGUAACAGUCCUGAGACAGCGAGUCCGAGGAGGUCUCGUCCCGGAUGACGGACCCCAUGGCGAACCCAUGGAUGUGCCGCAGGGCAAAGCUGACGGAAGAGAUCCUCAGUUACGCGAUGGGAACAAAAGGGUCUCUUUAAACCGAGCGUCCUAAUGUAUCACUCUGAUCUCAACGGCCUCGACAUUUCGAAUUGUCGACAUUCGCCGACAGAGACAGGAGUCACGAGGGGCAAUUAGCAUGUGCCGCAGACAGAAAAUCAUUUGUGCAGAGAGAAGGAGGAGCAAGGCUGUGUUACGCGAAUACUGGAGGAGAAAGAGGGAUCGAGAAACGAAGAGCAGACGCUCAAGAGAAAAACCGCCUGCCCGUUUCUCGAUGGUCAAGACAGCCAGACAGAUUCCAUCGGUCACCUCUUCAACCGCUUCUUUCUCUGACGUAUACUUCGUCUUCUAUCUAUUAUUUAUGUACAGCUAGAAUUAAAAAUUACGGUGUAGCUCUAAGUAUUAACACUGCGCUCGACAUGCGCCAGGUGUGUUUCUUUUCUAAAGGGAUAAUCUCGCGAAACGAAAAACGACAAUAGAGACCUUACGACAGGAAGGACGAUCCAGAUUCGCGUUUCUCGAUUCUCUGUUCAACGAUUUAAAAGGCCAUUUAAAAUCGCGACUAUCAGUAUUAUGAACGAGUUGGUUGAGACUGCUAGGUACUCCAAGAGUGCGAGUUCAGUCUUUCGAGAAAUGUCGGAUUCGCAAUAUUUUGCCGUAUAACUUAAUUUUCAGUUAACAGCCCGUAACCGCGAAGUUGCAAAUGGAUAAUAUUUGAAAAAUUUGCCGGUUACUUUAAAUACUCCCUUCUAUCUCUCUCCUGCCCAUUUGCGAUAUCCGAGAUCUGUCGUAGCCUUCUUGUCGUGAGUUCCGCGGCGGAAGUAUUGUAGAAGCGAUUUUUUUUUCACAUAUACGAGACGAGUACGGGCAACCCAAUUACCUCGAUUAUAGAAGAACUAAUUAGAACACAGAGAGACUAAGUCACAUCUCGUGAAGGGGAAACGGGAAGUUUGCGAUCGGACACACGCUAUCAGCAUUCCAGAGAGAUUUCGCGGUUGUAGAAAAUUACACGGAAAUAUAAAUUAUUG